AUGGCAACACCUCAUAAACCAAACCUCGCCAUUUCUCGCUAUACAGACUUUCGUGAUGAGCCAGUUAGUCGUCUUCUUGCUCCUAUUGGUGGUUAUCAAGAUAAGCCCAUAGUUUCACUUGAGGAAUCAGUUGAAUUAGUCUCCGAUUUAUUUGAUGAUAUUCAAGGAAACGUAUGGGUAGCUAAAGAAAACUGUAAGAAUCCUGCUGAUGGUCUCAAUCAAAAUGAGUCUGCUGCAAUUCAUCUAUAUACGAUGCAGUUCGACCCAGAUCCUUCACUUUACCAUGUUUUGAACGAAAAACUGCGUUCUGAAAAUCGACAAUCGUUAAAGCCGUGGUUCUCUUACCUGAAGCUUUUUUUAACGGCGCUCUAUAAGCUUCCAUCGCGCAGCCAAACUGUUUGGCGUGGUGUACGCAAUGUGGAUUUAAGUGCAAAAUAUCCCACCGGAAGCAAAUUUGCUUUUACAGUAUUCACAUUUUAA